AUGCCUCGUUUACAGAGGUUGGGCACAUCCUCUCGCUUGGCCUUCUACCUUAGAGAUAGCUUGAACGAUGCACAUUUGCUUCUUGGGUUGAAUUUAAGGUUAAUUCUACGUCUCGUAUCUAGAAAGGAACCGGCGGUGGUUCCAAAGGCGUUGUUCAUAGAGGUGUCUUACCAGAUUAUUUACGUAGCUAGUGAAUAA